AUGCGACUCCUCACAGUGCCCUUGAUUCUGCAAAGUCUGCAAGCCGAAUCUGAGGAGUGCCCCGCCUCGCCUGUGACGGGUUUGGUGCUAUGCCGGGACAUGCCAGGCCCUGGCCGCGCUGGCCGCCCUCGCCGGGAGCAACGAGAACGGUCUCAUAGCCGAGACGUGCGCGAGUCUUUGUGGCCCUGGCCUCGCUCUCUCUCGCUCCGUCGAAGUCGAAGGGGCAGCGACUCCGACGUGAGCUCUCACGUGGAUUCGGAUGCUCCUCCUCUUGGGCCCAUCCAGGCACUUCGCGUGAAUGGAUGUCUGAUCGGCUUCAACUUGAGUGGAGUGGAAGGCUGGACAGAGACCGGCCAGCUGUGCUUUGGUCCUUGGAGCACUUCUGCUGGAGGCUUUGCACCGCAGAUCGCCAGGAGAUUGCCGCUUGCUUUCACAUCAGACGAGUCGGAAGCUGAGGACUCGUGCAAGUUAGACACUUCGGGCUUCCGUGGCGUCACUCGAGUGGAUCUUGAAAUCGGCAUGGAUUCCGAAGGCGAUGGCCCAAGCCUUCAGAUGAACGAGGGCUACGAGCUUGUGGUUGCGGAAACGGCCAAGCUGUCUGCCAAGUCUAUCCACGGCUUUAACCGGGGACUGGAAACAUUGCUAGUGGUCCUGGAUGCACUUCCCGCGGAGGCGGAAGAGAACUGGACCUGGGCUCCGGGCAUCUCAAACGGAAGUCUUCUCGAGCUGAGCAUCAAGGAUGCACCCAAGUUUGCCUGGCGCGGCCUGCUGCUGGACACCGCUCGACACUUCGUGAUGGAGUCUUUACUAUGGGUAAUGGCGGCCAACAAGCUGAACGUGCUCCACUGGCACCUGACGGAUGCCAUGAGCUUUCCACUGCAGCUGGCUUCCCUGCCAUGGCUGGCUGAAAAGGGUUCGUUCGGCCGCAACAAGAUUUAUUCGCAGGCAGAUGUUCGGCACAUUGUGACUCUCGCUGCUAAUCUCUCCAUCCGGGUCGUUCCAGAGCUUGACAUGCCGGCACACACAGCGAGCUGGAUCUUCGGUGAGCCCCAAACAGUCUCCAACUGCACUCACGUCUUGCCACACGAUCCGAACGAUGCCAAGAAUCCCUUCAAAGCCAGGGACAAGCUGGCAUUGGAUAUCUCCUCCAAGCGAACACAGGAGGUGGUCUCCGCAAUUCUCGAAGAGAUUGCUGACCUCUUUCCGGACGAGUUUCUGCAUUUGGGAGGGGAUGAGGUGGAUUACCGAUGCUGGACUACCAUGCCGCAUAUCAAGAAAUGGAUGAAAAGAAAAGGCUAUGGGGCUCUUCCGGCUCUUCAGCACUUCUUUGACCAUGCUCUGAAGGAGGUACGGAGGCUGGGCAAGCGCCCCAUCGUUUGGCAAGACUCCUUCGAUCAGGGUCUCAAGCUGCCGGAGGAGGCAGUCGUGCAGCAGUGGAAGUGUUGGGGCAGCGUUGGCCCUGAGAUCCGCAUGUGGCCCGAGGCGGAGCCUGCUGCGCAGCUUGGCCACGCCUCUGCUUUCGUCGCCACAGAGCUGAACCUCUCAGCUGUGCAGAGCAGCUGUUGGUAUCUGGAUUGGGACUCUCAGUGGACCGACUUUUAUGAGCACGCUGCGGACGAAGGCCCCCGAGAAACAAGGCCAAGCAGCCGGCUCUUUGGAGGCGAGGCCGCGCUUUGGACAGAGCGCAUUGACUUCACCAACCUAGCCUGUCGUACCUGGCCUCGCACCGCAGCUGUGGCAGAGCGCCUCUGGUCCACGUCUGCUUUGCCUGUUGCUCUCAGCACAAGGAGUCAGGUGAGGCACCGCCUAGCAGCCCAUAGUCAGCGGCUCCAUAGGCUCCAAGGUGUUCCCUUCAGGCCUCUCACCGAACCCCGCAAUGAAUGGUCCCAGGUUUUUGAAGUCUUGGACGACGUGGACGGAGCAUGCCCUCUUCUGGCCACUCAGGCUAUCCAAAGAGAUGCUGAGGGGUGGCAGGAGGUGAUUACCGACGCGUUCGAAGUGCCGGAUCAGUUUCGCAGAAGAGAGGCGGAGGUCAAUGUGAGACAAACGCAACAAGCGGUGCCAGUGGGCAAUGUUUGGACCACGCUGGACUUGCGGCAAAGCCGCCGGGACUUAUCAAGGCUGGAGUCUUGGCGCACGGAUCCCGACCUAUGCCUGAUCUGGGCAGCCUUCUGCACCACCUCACCCCUGACACUGGCCGAUGGCAUCUCCUUGGCCAAGACCCGCAGGUCGACGACGGAGGCCUUGAAGCUGCUGACGGGCGUUGAGAAUGUGAAGGACGCGCGCUCUCAGUCUGAGGCCAUGCAGGCUGGCGAGGCAGGCGCGGAUAUCGCGCCGCCAGACGAGACCGCCUGUCCAAAGCUCACCCUGAAAGCCAAAGCCUGCAGAGGCCUGCAAGAGGAGCCGCAGGAGGCUCCCCUUCUCCCUUUUGACUCUUGGAGGGGCCACGCUGAAAAUGUUUCAUUGAAGCCCUGGCAAGCCAGCGGAUUUAGCUUGAUUGCGCGUUUGGCGAAAUCAGUUCACAGCGAGGUCCAUUACUCUCAGGACAACACCGGAAUCACCGGUGUGGCGAAGGUGGUGUCGAAGAACAUCGCAAACAAGGAGAAGGACAACAGCGAAAAGACUGUCUGGUUGAGCGACGUUGACAUCCAGUCUUUUGAAGACAUCAGAAGUGAAAUUGCCGUCUUGAAGUUUCUCAGCAACACGGAGCACUGCCCGCAUGUCAUCAACAUCCUGGGGUGCUUUGAGGAUAGCGUGAGCAUCUACCUGGUCACGGGCUACUGCGAGGAAGGCGACCUCUUCGAGCGAGUAGCGUACGGAGAUCCUCUUGCAGAGACACAAAAGAAACGCUAUGUUAGCGAGCUCUUGCAAGGGGUCAGCCACCUUCAUCGACACAACAUAGGACACAGAGACAUCUCUCUUGAGAAUGUUCUGCUGCGGAAGGGAAGUUGUGUGCUGAGUGACUUUGGGCAGGCAGUGCCACUCAAAGCGCAAGAUGGAAGAGUGCUGCGGUACUUUGUUGAGGCAGGCAAGCGUAUGUACCGCUCCCCCGAGAUGUACGUGCCGCGCACCACCCUGGUGCAGGUGGUGUGCCCGGCAGAUGGAAAGCCCGGGAUACCGUCAUUGGUAUCUCAUGAAACUGCCAGAUGUGAAGUUCUGUUGCCUGCUGAUGCUGAGCCUGGGCGGCCCUGCAACGCAACUCCAUACGGUUACGCUGCGGCACCUGCAGAUAUUUUUGCUUGCGGCGUUUGUGCCUUUGUCUUGGCGGUCGGAAAGCCACCUUGGACAUCGGCGCUCGACUCGGAUCCCUCCUUCUCAUUUAUUCGUCGACAUGGCGUGGCCAACUUGCUCCAACAAUGGAAAGGAGGAGCGCGCGGCCCUCCAAGCAAGAGUGAGGAGGCCACACUCUUGGCAGACAUGCUCCGCGUGGACCCAGUGCGAAGGAGCACCUCUGAUGAGUGCUUGCGGAACGUCUGGCUGGAAGCUGUGACGCGGAAUCGCUCCCACACAGCCUGA